CGAUUACAAAGCCUCAUGUGCAAAGAAAUUUCGUCCGUUGUUUUUUCGCGUCGUUGGUGCUGCCUGAGGCGCCACAUCCCUUCCUUGGUGGACGUCAUAUCUCGCUUCAAAUAAUUUCACCCUUUUCUCGUGCGUGCGGGCUACGGCCCAUUCAACAGAAAUCGUUCCUUUAACAUGACCAAAAAUGUCACGAAAAGGGCCGCAAAAGCCCCAGCGGCUUCUGGGCCUGCUAUACCGUCGCCGUUCCAGAUCGCGCCGGCAGCCCUUGAACCCUUUCUCUCGACUCUCUCGAAAGAGUCCGUGUACAUAACGCAUUUCGACCGGCAUCCGACCACGUUCAAGAAACAGAUCUUCGUCAUACCGGUCCUUCUUAAUUUUGCAAUUCUCAUGGGCUUGAUGUGGAGACUGUACAUCAUGACCCCGUGGUACUUUGGCCUCCUCGUCACGUUCUCCCAAGGACCUCUGGUCACGCAACAGUCCUUUGAUCGAUACGUGGCACUCGCGAUACUCCGCCGCGUGUUGACAUUCGUAAUCGAUUACUUUCUGAUUGCCAUCGUCGCGAAAUGGCCCUGGUCAUUCUUCUUGGAAUCACCAGGCAACCCGGUCAGCUGGCGGCUAAGGUGUGGAUUCAGAGAGCGCGAGAUCAUUGUGCGGAUUUCGCGGGGCUGGGGACGAGACGACCUGAUGGGCGGAGCGAAGAAAGGGGCGGAGAGCCCGUUCUUCAAGACUCGACUGCUUCCUGCGCUUGCGGCGGACAAGAUGUCGAAGACCGGCUACUUGCUCAUGGACGCGAACUGGGACCUCGACUUUGGGGUCAUGAUCAAUGCCACGAGACUGCUGGACAAGUCGGUGGUGAAAGAGCACCAAUUGGACCGUAAAGUCUUCGUCUGGCUUGGCGACGAGCGGAAUGGCGAAUGGACCGUGUGGGACGAAAAGGGCUUUGCGGAGGAGACGGCAGAGAAGGUCGAGGAGCUGCAAGAGAGGAGCAACGCCGAGCACCGUGAGAAGAUAUAUGCCAUACAAAAGAAGCUGCAGGAGAUGGGCAAGGACGAGUUGUUUUUCAAGUGGGUCGAGCUGAUACAGUACGAGAGCACGCAGCCCGGCGGCUUCACCCCGCAAAGGCAGCUCGAGGCGGGCGUGAAAGUCCAGGCGCUGUUCGAAGAGUACGGUGUCGACUUUGAGCAGUUUGGAAAGGAAGUUGGAGGCAUGGACUGACGCGAUGAUUGAAUACAUGUGCCACUGCGCCCAGACUUGCUCAAUUGGCUGCACUUGCUUAGCAUUGCUGUAUAUAACGAUACUUGAAAAGCAUCGAUCACUGAGGUAUGCACCGUCAAACUUGAUGGCAUAGGCCGUCAAUCGAAAACGUGUACGAGGCAGAUCGGCUUCUCUGCUCCAUGCGGACCGUCCGCGAUCUUUGCCAUCAGCUCGGCUCCUGGCGCAGCAAGGCGUCUUACUUGCGCACUGCUUGUCAGCAGGAGAAUCGAAUCGCGUCUUCAGUGGUAAAAAUUCGUGCGAUCUUUCACAAUCUCCUCUCUAAUCGAAGAAAUCUAUUUUUCCCCACACUUUAGUUGGCAUCGUGCU